AUGAAGGGUACUUUGACGACUCCAAGUAUGUUAAGGCUGAAGGAGUCAAUAUGCGAUGGACGAAUCUACCAGACGAGGCACCUUCUAGAGAGCGGAGUGGACGUGAACUUUGCAGAUGAAGAAAGAUUAACUCCUCUCAUGCGCGCCGCCCAGCUACCAGACGACAAAUCCCGAACGCGUCACAAUUUGCUGAAACUUUUAUUGCAGCAUGGUGCGAAUGUAAACACCGUUGAUCAACAAGGUAGACAUGUGUUAUCUCACGCCUGUAUGAACGCGAAAGAAGACAUUGUCCGGCUUAUUUGUACCGUGGCAGAUCAGGAUGUCGAUUUAAAUCUGCAGGAUCUUGACGGGAAUACUCCACUAAUGCAUUCUGUCAGAACGGGUAACGUCGACUUGGUAAAGUUUCUUCUUAAUGAGUUGAAAAAAUUUCACGUCGACAUAGACGUUAGGAAUCACGAAGGCAGAACUCCUUACUUAGAAGCUAAACGACUCGGCCACGAAAAUUGCGCGCAGGUUUUGCUGACCGAAGGUAAUGCAUCAGCGAAUAUUCAAGUGAACCCUUUCUUGGAGUUUAUUUCUUCGAAGGAUGAGCCCCCUUUAAAAGGUCAAGUUCGUAGCUUUGUAGAUAGCAAAUAUGGAAUUAAUAGAACCGUCGACACAAGACGCGCUAAUCCGCAAAGAGUUCAAAACAAGAAAAUUGUUCUUUUAAAGGAAUCUGUACAGUUACCUUCGGACAAAUUCAUUGUGAGGUCUGAAGAGAAAAAAUUGAAACGUAAGACGAGAAUAUCACGAAAACUUACAAGCUCAAAUGAAACUUAA